UACUAUAUCGUCCAUUGCUUUUCUGCAUACCUUAUCAUAAGGAGGCAUCAUCAUUAUCUUUCGUACUAUCUCAAUUCCCCUGCACUUACCUCAUCAAGAAAGAAAGAAAGAAGAUGGAUGACCUUGCAUUUUCGUUGGCAAACAGACUCAUUGAAAAGCUCAUCUCCAUUGCUUCUGAGGAGAUUUGCUUGGCGUGGGGCGUUAAAGCGAAUGUGCAGAAGCUUGGAAGCACCAUGUCGACCAUCAAAGACGUCCUCUUGGAUGCCGAAGAGAAGCAAGCACAUAACAGUGAGCUACGCAGUUGGCUACAACAACUUAAAGAUGUGUUCCUUGAUGCGGAGGAUCUGUUGGACGAGUUUGAGUGCGAAGCUUUGCGAAGGCAAGUGGUUCAUGGCAGUGGCACAAAUAGAAAGGUACGCCAUUUCUUUUCCCGCUCUAAUCCAGUUGCAUUCCGCUUGCGAGUAGGUCAUGGAAUUAAGAAGAUAAGAGAAAGGUUACAUGAGCUUAAAGACGAUAAGAAUUUUGCUGAUCAUGGGAGGGAGAAUAGGAAUACGACCCACUCCUUUGUCCGUGCUUCGGAGGUUAUUGGUAGAGAAACAGAAAAAAAUAAGGUUGUUGAUCUUCUAAUGGUACAAGGCAAUGAUCAUCAAAGUGAGGAUAAUGGGAAUGUAUCUGUUAUUCCGAUAGUGGGAUUUGGAGGUUUAGGGAAGACCACACUUGCGAAGUUGGUGUACAAUGAUGAGAGAGUCGUUGGGAGUUUUGAAUUAAGAAUGUGGCAGUCUGUGACAGUGGACUUUGAUGUUACUAGAUUGACAAGAGAGAUCCUCGGCUCUGCAUUAGGUACGAAGAUCAGUGAAGGGUCGUCUCUGGAUCAGUUACAAGAACAACUACGAGACGCUUUAAAGGAUAAGAAAUUUCUACUUGUCUUGGAUGAUGUGUGGAACGAAGAUUGUAUCAAAUGGAGCGAGUUGAGAGAUUUAUUGAUAGAGGGGGCCAAGGUGGGAACUAAGAUUUUGGUGACGACACGGAAUAUCUCAGUUGCUUCAAUCAUGGGGACAGUUGGAAACAUAAAUUUAGACAUUCUCUCUUUUGAGGAUUGUUUGUCUUUGUUUGUAAAGUGUGCAUUUAAAGAAGGACAAGAAAGACAUCAUCCAAGCCUUUAUGAAAUGGGAAAAGAUAUUGUAAGAAAGUGCGGAGGGGUUCCCUUAGCUGUGAAAACCUUAGGGAGUCAACUUUACUCAAAGACUGAUGACCGUCAAUGGAGAUUGAUUAGAGAUUCUGAGAUAUGGGAACUAGAACGAGAUGGAGCUGGUCACAUUCUACCUGCUUUGAGAGUGAGUUAUACUCAAUUGCCCUCUCAUUUGAAACAGUGUCUUGCUUCUUGUUCAAUUCUUUCAAAGAAUUACAUUGAAUUUGAUAGCAGGGAAGUGAUCAAUCAUUGGAUGGCACAUGGAAUCCUUGAAUCUCGUGAUCAUGGGAAUAUGGAGUUGGAAGAUGUUGGUGAGCUAUAUUUCAACGAGUUAUGGGAGAGAUCUUUCUUUCAAAAUGUUAAUGAUCACAUUUUCUUCUAUAAUUUUGAUAUGCAUGAUCUCAUCCACGACCUUGUACAGUUAGUCACACAAGGUGAGAGUUUUACAGUAGACUCUGCAUGCACCAAAGGCAUCCCUGAAAAUGUUAGGCAUCUUACAAUUUUGGAAAUUGGCCAAAAUGUUUCAACAGCCUUGCAAAAGUUGAACAAAGUGCGAGGUACCGAGUUGUAUAACUAUUGAUGGAUCCUUCCUCUGCACAUGCAUUUCAAGAUUCAUAUAUCUGCGGGUGCUUAAGUUUGUCAAUGUAUCAGUGGAAGUGUUGCCAAAUUCCAUUGGUUCUUUGAAGCAUUUGAGAAGCCUGGACUUCUAUCAAAGUGAAGGAAUCACCGAACUACCCAAUUCAUUUUGUGAGUUGCAGAGCUUGCAAAGUCUGAGUCUCGGUGGAUGUGUGAAUCUUGAAGUGUUGCCUAGAGACAUGAGAAAGUUGAUCAGCCUUAGAUACCUUGAAUUAACCACAAAACAAUCAAGUUUUCCAGAGAAUGGAGUGGGAUGCUUGACAUCACUUCGAUAUCUUUGUAUUCAGGAUUGUAGUUAUCUAACGUGUUUGCCGCAUGAUACGAGUUAUCUUGCGUCAUUAUGCACUCUGACCAUACUUAAUUGUAAACAACUUGAUUUGGUGAUGGAAAACUAUCAAGUAAUUCCACUAAGGCUCAAAAAAUUGGGGAUUGUAGGAUUCCCACGAAUGGUGGCAUUGCCUGAAUGGUUUCAAGGAGCCACAAACACACUACAAGUCUUGGUUAUUGGGGAUUGUGAGAACUUGGAGGCAUUACCUGGGUGGUUGACGAGUUUCACAUCGCUUAGAAUGGUUGGCCUCAAAUCAUGUUCCAAACUGUUGUCUUUGCCAGAGAAGAUGCAUCGCCUCACUGCCUUAACAACACUUAGAAUCAGAAAGUGUCCUGAUCUGGAGAGGAGAUGCCAGCGCGACACAGGAGAAGAUUGGCAAAAGAUUUCUCAUGUUCCAAAUGUUGAUUGUGAAUAGAAUCAUGGGCACUGUCUUUAAUGCCUCUCAGUUUCUCUGUUUGUGUUUGUGUUUGUUUUUGUAUAGUCUAAUAUUUUCUUGUUUUUGGGUUGCUUGUAUUUUGUUCAGGUCGAUGUAAAUUGUGUUGAUUUAUUAUUUCAGUAGAUUUAAGCA